AUGAAAUCGACGCAAGUACAAUGGCUGAAACAGCGUCAAAAUUCAGUGAUGCCUAGUCGUUUGUGUAAUGUUAACACUGUAACAUCGACAUAAACUUAUUUUCUUCUAUCUAUAUGUUGUAUUUGUUUUACAAAGAUGUCAGAUAUUUGCUGAACUAUGUACUAUGGAAGGCGCAUAAUGUAAAUAAAUUGAGUAGCAUGGAAAGGCCGCCAUUGUGAUUCCGUUUCAAUUAUUUCCGAUAUCAUACGUGCCGUGGCUAACUUCAUUUAGUGGUUUUUGAUGUUUGUUUCUGACCUCAUAUUGUUAAUAUUAAUUUGUUUGAAACCGGCGAUAAAAGAUAAUAAAACUAAAAAUAAAAUUGGUGUGGUAUGCUAACUACUUUACACUAUGCCCCUGAAGUCAGAAACUAUCACUGAAACGGAAUCACAAUGGCAGCCUAUUAGGCCGCUCACUUUUAUUAUAUGGCAAAUAUGCAUUAUACGCCUUCCAUAGUAUAUAGUUUAGUGCAGCUACUGUAUUAAUAUUAUUUUUUCUGACCUAUCCCGUUGCUUAUUAUAAAUAUCUAAUAUUUUAAAUGCUAUGUAAAUUCGUUUUUUAUUUUGAAAAACCUAAAUACUAAUUUAAAACUGUAAAAGGUUAUUAAAAAAUUCUAAAAGCUGUGUGUACGAUUAAAAAGUUAUAGGUCCAGAUUUGGUCUAAUGGUGUGGAUAUUUGAAUCAUCAUGAAGAUUCAUGAAAAGUACCUACCGCACAUUAAUGGGUAAGUCAUAAUUUUUUUAAACUAUAGAUAUGCAGAGAAAACAUGUAGAUGGAAGAAAAAUAAUUGUCUAGCAUCCUUGAACUCAAUAAUGCUGAAACAUAUACACUUUGGAUAUUUGAAACAAAAAUGCUUCAUGCAAAACAACUAUAUUAAAUUGUCAGGGGUGAAGAAAUAUUGUCCACAAGUGCACAAUGAGGAAACUAAAGAUAAGUGGAAAACUAAGGAUGCCAAAGCACGGUACUAUAUAAUAAGAACUAUUAACCAGCAUAUCAAGUCACACAUUUUAACAUGUGAAACUGCAAAAGAUAUGUAUGACAUUUUGAAGAAUAUCCAUGACAAACAAACUGCAACAUAGAGACAAUAAUUACAAACAGAUUUUUUUAAUUAUACCUGGAACAAAUCAAAAGAUAUUAUGACUAAUAUAAGUUAGUAGUACUAUACAUUGUACUAUACACAAACUACUGGAGACGAUAUUAGUGAUAGUAAUAAAAAUUAUGACUAUCCUUACAGACCAGUAUAAACAUUUCAGAAAUGCUUGGGAUUCUGCUUCUGACACAGACAGAACCCUUGAUAUUUUGAAGUCAAGAUUAUCAUAGGAAAAAAAUUUAUUAAAAGGUAGUGUUAAAGAAGAAUUUGUCGCUUUCAAGGCAUUUAAGUUCAGAAACAACAAGAAAUUGAAAAAUACCUACCCUCCAUGCAGUUUUUGUAAGAAACGAAAUUAUCUUGUAGAAAAUGGUUUUUUUAAGGAUAAAGACAGGGAAUACAAACAGUAUUCGCUGUGCAAUAUCUGUAUAAAGACAAAGGAGGAAAACUGUUUUCUAAAGAUUAAAAAAAUUAGAAAGUCAGUUUUUUGACUAAAGUAAUUAUAAGUGAGAAAAAUAAAACAGUUGAUUCUAAAAUUUGUUGUUGACAGUGCAUGUAAAGUUGAUCUAACAAAUCAAGAAAACAUUAUUUAGAAUGCAGAAAUACCACACAAACUAGUGAUAAUAAAUGUGGCCAAAUAUGACAACAUUACGAGUGAACUUAUUGGUACUGUUGAAACAAAUAAUGUUGUAUUCAACGAUGUAACAUAUGUGUUAGAACUACGCAGCAAUGUACUGUCAGUAAGUGCAAUCACUAAUCGUGAUGAAGAAGUAUUCACAAAAAAUUAAGUGCAUAUUUUCAAGGACAAUAAGAUGUUGAUACAAGGAUACAAGAAUAGCAAUGGUCUCUAUGUGGUGAACAUAGAAGCAUCAAGGAACACUAAAGAAGCUUUUACUACAGGAACCAUGGAAUAUUGGCACAAGGGGCACAGACUCAUCAGCUUUAACAAUUUAAAGAAAAUUCCCCACUUGUGUUAUUGUGUACCAGAAAUAAUCAAAAAGUGUAAAAGUGAAUUAAAGUGGUGA